GUGACUGCGUCACGUGCUGCAUAGUUCGCCUGAAUUCACUGUUAUCAGUCUGUAGCUCAUUUAUUUAUCACUUUGAUAACAGUCAAGAUUUUUAUUUACUUGUUUAUUUAACUAAGCCGAAAUGCUGCAUUUGGAUGUUUUUUACUUUUGCUAUUCAUUAUGUACCCGGAAGUAGAUUCUCUCCCAGCCAGUAGGCAGGGAUGUGUAGUGCGCAUGCGCAGAGCCACAGGUUUCCAGUGAUGAGAGAUGACAGGUCGGGUCAGGAUGGCUGAGAACGGUGCACAGCUCUUAGCCAGGAUCGAGGGGAGACGAUCGCUCGAAGACAUCGAUCAGAACGUUUUUCCUGUGAACGGUGGUCCUCUUCAAGGUGACGUCAUCGAGUUUCAUGGAGUAGAAGGAAGCGGUAAGACGGAGAUGUUGUACCACCUCCUGAUCCGCUGCAUUCUCCCCACACACAGUGGAGGUCUGGAGGUGGAGGUUGUCUUCGUAGACACGGACUAUCACUUCGACAUGCUGCGUCUGGUGAGCAUCCUGGAGUCUCGUCUGACCUCUUCAUCACCACCACAGAGCGAGAUGGAGGAGGUGGUCCGGUCCAGCCUAUGCCGGCUCUCGGUGCUCCACUGCUCCAGCUCGGUCCAGCUGCUCCUCACGCUGCACUACCUGGAGGGAGUCGUGUGCAGCCGGCCCGCCCUCUGCCUGCUCGUCAUAGACAGCAUCUCCGCCUUCUUCUGGAUAGACCACGCUAACGGGGGAGACAGCCUGACUCGGCAGGAAGCCAACCUGAGGAAGUGCACCGAGAUCCUGGAUCGGCUUCGGAGGGACUACGGCGUGGUCGUUUUUGCCACCACGCAUGCGGUUAUGAGGAAUUAUUCCUCCUCGUCCGGAUCUUCAGAGCCGAGCGGAUCCGCUCCUUCCUGGAAACGCAACUCGGACUUCGAUAAGCAGUAUCUCUGCCGAUCCUGGCAAAAAAUCCUCACGCACAGACUUCUGUUCUCAAAAAGCGAACAAAGUAGUGUCUCUGAGGAGCACAAGCGGAUCUUCUCCUCCGCAUGCAGCACGGUACGGACUAAAGGUGUUCACCGGUGUGUGUUUCAUCUCACAGAAGCGGGUGUUCAGUUCAGCGCUGGUUAAACACAAACACACGUGUGAGUAAGUUCUUCAGCUCGGAUCUUCCAGUGGUCAGGUGAACGGUCACCCCUGUCUGAUCUCUGGAAAAAAUAAAACAUUUAUAAUACAGUGAAAAUAAAAUCCUGGGGACUCAUCAGAUCAUCAACUCGUCCCAUCAGGCUUUUUUUAAAUUUUCCUGUAUUGAGACUUUUGAGACUAUGAAUCAAAGACAUCAUCAUCAUCAUCAUCAUCAUCAGAUAGUUUAAAUGUAAACGAUGGUCCAACAAUAAACAAAUAAAUAAUA